AUGCUCACCAUCACCCGGCAGCGUAUACAUCUUGUGCGGCACAAACUACCUGAUAUCACAGGAGAGAAAGGUGGUAAACCUGUUAAGGUCGGUGUAGCAGUGACCGAUAUCCUCACUGGACAUUAUGCUCAAUCUGGUAUAUUGGCCGCAUUGCUCAAACGACAUAAGACGGGUAAAGGAAGUCUAGUGGAAUGUUCUUUAUUUGAGAGUCAAAUCGCAUCUUUAGCCAAUAUCGCUUCAAAUCACCUGAUAUCAGGUCAAGAAGCAUCCCGAUGGGGUACAUCACACCCUUCCAUAGUACCCUAUCAAGUCUUCCCAACUUCCGAUUCUUUUCUCAUGAUUGCUGCUGGUUCCGACGCACAAUUCUCCAUUCUAUGUCGUGUUCUCGGUAUGGGAUGGGAUACCGAAGAUGAUUUCACGACGAAUGAAUUGAGGGUGAAGAAUAGGGAUAGGUUAAUUUCGUUGAUCGAGAAUGUUUUGAGGGAAGAAACGACGGAUGUUUGGUGUGAUAAAUUGAAAGGAAAGGGAGUACCUUUUGCACCUAUAAAUAAUAUAAAGCAGACAUUCAAUCAUCCUCAAGCUAUAGCAAGAGGAGUGGUCACCGAAAUAGAGCAUCCUAGAGCAGGAAAAAUCAAAUUAGUUUCUCCUGCCGUAUCAUACGAUUCUCUCAAACUUCCCAUCUCUCGACCUCCUCCAUAUUUAGGACAACACACCGAUGAAGUACUUUGUGAAUUGGGAUAUGACGAAUUUGAUAUUUCUCAAAUGAGGGACAACGGGGAUAUUUAA